AUGAAUAGUAAUAGUCUUGAUGAAAAUAGUAAUAAUAAUAAUGUUUUAAGCAAAAGUACAGGAUCGACGACUAAUACUCUAAGUAAUAGUACAAACAACUUUAUUGCACAGAAUAACAAUGCAAACUAUGGUGAUUGGGUAAAGUUGAAUGUCGGUGGAACCAUCAUACAAACAACGAUCACCACACUCCGAAAAGAUAAAGACAGUAUGUUAAACCUUAUGUUUAACAAGGAGUACGGUUGGAAUCAUUGUCGUGAUGAGAAUGGAUGUAUCUUGAUCGAUGCCGAUCCACGUUACUUCCUUGUCAUUCUAAACUAUCUGCGUCAUGGUGAUCUCAUCGUAGAACCAAACUUGAACUACUAUGGUGUUUGGUCAUUAGCUAAAUACUUUCAACUCAAAGCAAUUGUAGAUUAUCUUGAAAUUGAAGAAAAUGAUGCAACUAGUUGGUUAACUCUUUUAGAGGAUAAUGUAGUUUCACCGGAUUUAGAUAUUACUAAAUGGGUUAUCAAUAGAGAAUGCACAAAUUCAAGCUUUGAAGUGGAGGACGGCAGAUUUAAAUUCCAGAAUCGUGCGUAUCUCAUUACACGCGAUCAAUACAACCCUGAGGAGGGUGAGAUUCGCUUGACUGGAACUUGGUGUCGUUCGACCAACGACGAUUUCUUCCAGCUUGCGACACGAAGCGAUGGUCUACACCAAGGUCCGCCCUACUACGAGAUACAGAGUGGACUCGAGUUUAACUAUUGUCGAGGUGUUGCAUCGAUUGUUGGUCGUGGUGGAUUGUUGCCAUCGGGUGCCAUCAAGAUAAAGAAGCAAUCAGAGUUUUCAUUCCCAGCGAAUGUACCGGUUCACUUUGAGGUGUGUGACAACGGCACCAACGUAUCGUUCACUCUCUGGGAAUCGAUUACAAAGACUUCGAUCUCCAUUGAGACGACAUGCACCAACAGCUCACUCAUCAACUACAUCGUGUUCCACAAUCGUGAGAAGACAGGUGCCAAUCAUUGCUCGUACCUCUCAAACGUUAGAAUUCAACGAUGGGCAAGACCAACACCGAGACGUAGCAAAACAAAGAAGUUACUUAAAAAGAUGAAUCAAAUAUCACCACCAGGUGUUGUUCCAUAA